AUGAUUAUUAUGGUCUGUAGGUUGCGAGGUAACUAUGCAGAGUUGAGUGAGUGUUGUAGGGAGGGGGCAGUGUGCCUGGGAUUAUUAUGGGAUGUCUCUACCCCCCCUGAUUUCUUUGUGUGUACGAGGAUGUUCGCUUCUGGUCACUGACGCUGGGGAAAGGGGAGAAGAGUGGACGACGUCUCCCAAAGAUUUACACCUUUUCGGAGCUUGUUUUUUAUUUUUUGUAGUGGUAGGUAGAAACCUGCAGCUUUCGCGUCAGAAUAAAAGCUGAUCGUAGCGCCGACCAUCUACACCUUGGACUGACCUCGCCCGAACGGGAAAAUGUCGGGGAGUGAAGACGACCGGGACCGUUUUGAACCCAUAAGAGACGAUGUCGAAGAACAAAUAUCAGAAACAGAUACUCCCAAAUCCAAAAAGAAGAAAAAAGCAAAGAAGAGUCGUGAAAGCAGGACUAGCAAACGACAGAAAGUCCUCAGAGAGGAAAUCGCUGUCAGCUCUCCUGAAGUCAUGGAAGCAAUUCGCAUGGCAGAAGGUGAGGAAGAGGAGGACAGAGUGAUGCGUUCUGAAAGCGAAGGAAGUGACUACGCCCCGAGCAAGAAGAAGAAAAAGAGAUCCAGCUCAUCAAAGGACAGGAAGAAAGGUUCAGCAGGAGAAAAGGCUGGUGGCUCUGGAGGAAAAAGCAAACGUAAGGAGCCAGAGCCAGAGGAGGAUGAUGAUGACGACGAAGAUGAUGGACAGGAGCCCAAAUCUUCCUCUCAGCUAUUAGCAGACUGGGGAAUGAAAGACAUUGACUACACCUUUACCCAGGAGGACUACACCUCUCUCACCAAUUACAAAGCUUUCAGUCAGUUUGUCAGGCCUCUAAUUGCUGCUAAGAACCCUAAGAUCGCUGUGUCAAAGAUGAUGAUGGUUUUGGGAGCUAAGUGGCGGGAGUUCAGCACUAAUAAUCCAAUGCGAGGCUCGGCGAGUGCCAACGCAGCCCUGGCAGCUGCCAAUGUAGCUGCUGCAGUGGAGAGUAUGGUGACCAAGGUGGAUGCAGGAGGAGGAGGAGGGGCAUUGGCUGCAGCCCCGCCCACGCCAACAGCAGCUCCUGCUACUGCACCACCCCCACCCCCACCCCAGCAACCCCCAGCAGUCCCACUGCGGAAAGCCAAGACCAAAGAGGGCAAAGGCCCAAAUGCACGUAGAAAGACCAAGCCUACCCCAAAGCCCCAGGACAAAAAGUCUAAAGCGAAGAAAGUGGCACCGCUCAAGAUUAAACUGGGCAAUUUUAAAAGAAAGCGUUCAUCUAGCGGUGAGGAUGAUGAUGGCGAGAGUGAUUUUGACAGUUUUUCUGUAAGCGAUGGAUCCAACAGUCGAAGCAGCCGCUCCAAGAAUAAGAAAGCCAAGAGCUCCAAAAAGAAGAAGAAGAUGGAUGAGGAUGCUGACGGCUAUGAAACCGAUCAUCAGGAUUAUUGUGAGGUUUGUCAGCAGGGAGGUGAGAUCAUUCUGUGUGACACCUGUCCCAGAGCCUAUCACAUGGUGUGUCUGGAUCCUGACAUGGAGAGAGCACCAGAGGGUACCUGGAGCUGCCCCCACUGCGAGAAGGAGGGCAUUCAAUGGGAGGCUCGCGAGGAGAGUUCUGAGGGCGAGGAGGAGAACGAUGAUGGAAGGAGGGAUGAUGGGGAGGUGGAAGAGGAGGACGAUCACCAUAUGGAAUUUUGCCGUGUGUGCAAGGAUGGAGGAGAGCUGCUUUGCUGUGACACGUGUCCCUCUUCCUACCACUUGCACUGUCUCAAUCCGCCCCUGCCAGACAUCCCCAAUGGAGAGUGGAUUUGCCCACGCUGCCUAAGUCCUCCACUGAAGGGCAAAGUCCAGAAAGUUCUGACCUGGCGCUGGGGUGAAGCACCUCCACCCAUGCCCGUGCCCCGCCCUGCAGACCUUCCAGCCGAGGCUCCAGAUCCUCCACCUAUGAUUGGUCGGAAGGAGAGGGAGUUCUUUGUAAAGUGGUGCAACAAGUCCUACUGGCACUGUUCCUGGGUCCAGGAAUUACAGUUGGAGCUGAACUGUCAGGUAAUGUUCCGUAACUACCAGAGAAAGACAGAUAUGGAGGAGCCCCCCAAUCUAGAGAUGGGUGCUGAGGGAGACGAGGAUAAGAGCUGUAAAAGGAAGAAUAAAGAUCCCUUCUAUGCCCGUAUGGAGGACAAAUAUGGGCGCUUUGGGGUAAAGAUAGAGUGGCUCUUCAUUCACCGCGUCUUAAACCACAGUGUGGAUAAGAAGAACAACGUCCACUAUCUGAUCAAAUGGAGAGAUCUGCCGUAUGAUCAGUCAACCUGGGAGUCCGAAGACAUGGAUGUACCAGACUUUGAGACGUACAAGCAACAUUACUGGAACCACAGGGAGCUGAUGCUCGGAGAAGAGGGCAGGCCAGGUAAAAAGAUGAAGAAGGUGAAAGUGAGGAAGACUGAGAGGCCUCCUGCCAAUCCUGUGGUUGAUCCCACUAUAAAGUUUGAUAGGCAGCCGGAUUAUCUGGACUCCACAGGCGGUACGCUUCACCCAUACCAGCUGGAGGGUUUGAACUGGCUGCGUUUUUCUUGGGCUCAGGGCACAGACACCAUCUUGGCAGAUGAAAUGGGUCUUGGAAAGACCGUUCAGACGGCUGUCUUCCUCUACUCGCUUUACAAAGAGGGUCACUCGAAGGGUCCGUUCCUUGUCAGUGCACCUCUGUCCACCAUUAUUAACUGGGAGAGGGAGUUCGAAAUGUGGGCUCCUGACAUGUACGUGGUCACUUAUGUGGGUGAUAAAGACAGCAGAGCGGUCAUACGAGAGAAUGAAUUCACCUUUGAGGACAAUGCCAUCCGCGGUGGGAAAAAAGCCUCCAAAAUGAAGAAAGAGGCUGCUGUGAAGUUUCAUGUGCUGCUGACAUCCUAUGAGCUCAUCACCAUCGAUCAAGCCAUCCUGGGCUCUAUGACUGGGCCUGUCUUGUGGUAGAUUGAAGCACACAGACUGAAAAAUAACAGUCAAAGUUCUUUCGUGGUGUUGAAUCAACUACCCUCUUCAGCAUAAGCUGCGUUGACCGGCACACCUUUACAGAACAACUUGGAGGAGCUCUUCCAUCUGCUCAACUUCCUCACACCUGAGAGGUUCAAUAAUCUGGAAGGCUUCUUGGAGGAGUUUGCUGACAUUGCUAAAGAGGAUCAAAUUAAGAAACUGCACGACAUGUUGGGUCCACACAUGCUCAGAAGACUCAAAGCAGACGUCUUCAAGCACAUGCCCUCAAAAACGGAACUCAUUGUGCGUGUGGAGCUCAGUCCUAUGCAGAAGAAGUACUAUAAGUACAUCCUGACACGCAACUUUGAAGCUCUGAACACCCGUGGUGGAGGAAAUCAGGUGUCUCUGCUCAAUGUGGUUAUGGACCUGAAGAAGUGCUGUAACCACCCCUACCUCUUCCCCACAGCUGCUACUGAAGCUCCUAAAAUGCCCAACGGCAUGUAUGAUGGCAGUGCCCUCACAAAGGCUUCUGGGAAACUAAUGCUUCUGUUUAAGAUGCUGAAAAAACUGAAGGAGGGUGGACACAGAGUGCUUAUAUUCUCACAGAUGACCAAAAUGUUGGAUCUGCUGGAAGACUUUUUGGAGAAUGAGGGAUACAAGUAUGAAAGAAUAGACGGAGGAGUGACUGGAGGAAUGAGACAAGAAGCCAUUGACCGAUUUAAUGCUCCUGGUGCUCCCCAGUUUGUCUUUCUCCUGUCUACCAGAGCGGGAGGUUUGGGUAUCAAUUUGGCAACUGCCGACACUGUCAUCAUCUACGACUCUGACUGGAACCCGCAUAAUGACAUCCAGGCAUUUAGCAGGGCUCAUCGUAUUGGUCAGAACAAGAAGGUGAUGAUCUAUCGAUUUGUCACUAAAGCAUCUGUAGAGGAGAGAAUUACACAGGUGGCAAAGAAGAAGAUGAUGUUGACCCAUCUGGUGGUGCGGCCCGGUCUGGGCUCCAAGGCAGGAUCCAUGUCCAAACAAGAGUUGGAUGACAUCUUGAAGUUCGGCACAGAACAGCUUUUCAAAGAUGAACUCGGGGAGGGUGACAAUAAAGAAGAAGACAGCAGUGUGAUUCACUAUGAUGACAAGGCGAUUGAUCGCUUGUUGGAUCGAAACCAAGACGCAACGGAGGACACAGAACUGCAGAGUAUGAAUGAAUACUUGAGCUCCUUUAAAGUGGCCCAGUAUGUGGUCAAAGAUGAGGAUGAGGAGGAGGAGGAUGUGGAUAGAGAGAUCAUUAAGCAGGAGGAGAGUGUAGAUCCUGAUUACUGGGAGAAACUGCUGCGGCAUCAUUACGAGCAGCAGCAGGAAGAUCUCGCUCGUCAUCUGGGCAAAGGCAAACGGCCACGCAAACCUGUAAACUACAACGACUGUUCACAGGAGGACAGAGGUAGUAGACGGGACUGGCAGGAUGAUCAGUCUGAUAACCAAUCAGAUUACUCUGUGGCUUCAGAAGAGGGUGAUGAGGACUUUGAUGAACGAUCUGAAGCCGCAAACUCUCGAAGACCUAGUCGCAAAGGCUUGAGGAAUGACAAAGACAAACCCCUGCCUCCCCUACUGGCCAGAGUGGGAGGAAACAUUGAGGUGCUGGGCUUCAAUGCCCGACAGAGGAAGGCCUUCCUGAAUGCAGUGAUGCGUUAUGGGAUGCCUCCUCAGGAUGCUUUCACCACUCAGUGGCUCGUUCGAGACCUACGAGGCAAAUCAGAGAAAGAGUUCAAGGCAUACGUGUCCCUCUUUAUGCGUCAUCUGUGUGAACCAGGCGCUGACGGAGCAGAAACAUUUGCUGAUGGUGUUCCUCGUGAAGGACUUUCACGACAACACGUUCUCACACGCAUUGGUGUCAUGUCACUUAUUCGCAAGAAGGUUCAGGAGUUUGAGCAUGUCAAUGGUCAGUGGUCAAUGCCCUGGAUGAAAGAACUGGAAGAAAGCAAGAGGGCAGCGGCCAUUGCAGCAGGAGAAGAUCCCAAAACGCCCUCUACUGGGACGCCUGCAGAUACACAGCCUAACACACCAGCACCUGAAGAUCUUUCCAAGACCGAAGACAUUAAAGAGCUGGAGGAGAAGACUGAGGGAGACAGAGAGAAGGAGACGAAAGGCUCCAGACAGGAGGAUGAAAUCUUUGAGAUUCCAGACGAAGGUGAGAAAUCCCCCAGUUCUGCAAAAAAAGAGGAGAAAACUGAAAAGGAGAGCGAAACCUCUUCAGAUAAGGACGGAGGGAGCAGAGAAAAUGAAAAAGAUGGAGAGAAAGAGAAAUCCGCCGAAUUGAAGGAAAACAUGUCUUCAGAUGUCAAAGCUGAUGGUUCAGAUGCCACAAACAGUGGAGAUUCAACAAAAACCAAAGAAGACUCUUCUGAAGAAAAAAUGGACACUAGUCCAGCCAGCGAUGAAAAGAAAGAGCUGAAAGAGAAGGACGGAGUGAAAUCCGAGGACUCCGCAAAGCUGCAGAAUGGAGAGAAUGCCAAAGAGACAAGCGGAGGAGGGGAUGGAGUGAGUGAGGAGAAAAAGAAAGCGGUGAAGCAGAGGUUCAUGUUUAACAUCGCUGAUGGAGGUUUCACAGAGCUGCACUCUCUCUGGCAGAAUGAAGAGAGAGCCGCUACAGUCACCAAGAAGACUUAUGAGAUCUGGCAUCGUCGCCAUGACUACUGGCUCCUGGCUGGGAUCAUAUUCCAUGGUUAUGCCCGCUGGCAGGAUGUGCAGAAUGACCCGAGGUUCGCCAUCCUCAAUGAGCCAUUUAAGGGAGAAAUGAGCCGAGGGAACUUCCUCGAGAUUAAAAACAAGUUUCUUGCUCGCAGGUUUAAGCUGUUGGAACAGGCUCUGGUGAUCGAGGAGCAGCUCAGACGUGCUGCGUAUCUAAACAUGACUGAAGAUCCUUCUCACCCCUCAAUGGCACUAAACACGCGCUUCAGUGAGGUGGAGUGUCUGGCAGAGUCACACCAACAUCUCAGCAAGGAGUCUAUGUCCGGAAACAAGCCUGCUAAUGCAGUUCUACACAAAGUUCUCAAACAACUGGAGGAGCUUCUCAGUGACAUGAAGGCAGAUGUGACUCGACUGCCAGCAACCAUCGCUCGAAUACCACCCGUCGCUGUGCGGCUGCAGAUGUCAGAAAGAAGCAUCCUUAGCCGGCUGGCCAGCAGAGGACCCGAGGUCACGCAGACGCAGGCGCAACGCUGAUGACCCACCCGUACCUCACAUUAUUCACCAUGAGGAUUCAUCUCACACACAUAUAGACGUGCACCUGGCUCAGGUGAUCAGAUGCGUUGUAUAUAUCUGAAAUAAGUUCAAGCUGCCCUCAUUUAGUAUGGACCGAAUGAGAGUGGAGCGGUUCUUUGCUAACACACUGUGGUUACCUUACUUUCCCGUAAAACUCAAUUUAGAGUCAUUCCACCCUUUUCUGUUUAAAAAAUCUUGUGAACACACACACACUUGCCCACCUGAAAGAUGCAAACAUGUGUCACUCAAAUUAUUCUCCAUAAAAAUCCAGUUCAGGUUUUCCAAGUCACCUAGUCUGCAGUGUAGAAGUAAAAGCAGGGCAAUGUUGAAGAGCAGAUGUGGAUUGUUUGCUUUGCGUGGAUUGGAUUUUUGCAGUGAGGAUUUUUUUUUCCUCCUCAGGUGUGUAUUUUGUUGUAAUUCACACAAGUUGAAUCACUGCUUGUUUUUUGUGCAUUUCCACAAUCAUGUUCCAAGCUUGAAUUUCAGAUGUGUUUUUGAAUCUUGAACCUAAAAUCAUGUGGUUUCCAUCUCGUAAUACUGUAAGUACCAUCAAGCAGAAGUUGAAGGUUUAUGCUGAUGUAAAUGCAGAUCCCCGUCCCAAAUGCCACCAUGAGACAUAGUCCACAUGUAAGUACAGAUAGACUAAGGUAAUAGUCCACUGAUGCAUCUUCUCCAAAAAUAAUGAACACAAAAUCAAUCUUUUGAAAUCAAAAAUGUUAAAUAGGACACCCUAUAGUCUUAGGAACUUCAACAUGUAUUUGGGACAGGGCCACAGCUCAUGUAAGGCCAUGAAAUGACCUUUCAUCCUUUAGAUUUAAAAUAUAUAUUAUAAUGAAGAUUUUUCCAGAACUGCUGCUUUAAGAAGAGUUGAGUUCUAUGUUCACCAUUGUUUAUUAAUUCUGUGCUUGUAAAGAUGUCCCAUUACCUCUCCCAAACGACUCUUGGGUAAUGUAAUUGGAGAGUGCGCCACGGUUUCUUCUUCCUAUAAGACAAAUCCCACUAGCACAGGUGAAAAACAUACAGCUGUUAAUUUAACGUCUAAUUUUACACUUUCGGAAGAUUUGAAUAUCUCACUUUGUAAUUAUCGUUGUUACCCUGUUAUUGUUGUUAUGUCU